AUGGCAUAUGACCAGGACGCAGUGCUCGACCUGCAACGCCAAAUCGAAAACAUGAAGAACCAAAUCGGCAAUUCCGUCUUCGACACGUACCAGACGUCCCUCACAGGGCGCUACUGCAGUCCGGCAAUGUCUCAACUCUUCUCCCAGCGGUCCCGCCACUCGACUUGGCGCAAACUCUGGCUGUACCUGGCUGAAUCGGAGAAAGAGCUGGGUAUCGAGACGAUUAGUGAAGAGGCACUGCAGCAGAUGAGGGAUCAUUUGACGGUAACAGACCGGGAUUUUGAGAUUGCGAGGGUUGAGGAGAAGAAGAGGAGGCACGAUGUUAUGGCGCAUGUGCAUACCUUUGGGCAGGUUGCGCCGAGUGCGGCGGGAAUUAUACAUUACGGGGCAACAAGCUGCUAUGUAACCGACAAUGCAGAGCUGAUUCUCAUGCGCGAUGCUAUAGACCUUAUACUUCCCAAACUCGCAAAGGUCAUCUCCAACCUCUCUGCAUUCGCCCUGCAGUGGAAAGCCGAGCCUACGCUGGCGUACACGCACUUGCAGCCUGCUCAACUCAUCACCGUUGGCAAGCGCGCCGCUCAAUGGGCGCAAGAUCUGCUCUUUGACCUCGAAGCCAUCGAGCAUGUUCGUGCAGGCCUGCAAUUCCGCGGCGCCCAGGGAACCACCGGAACGCAAGCCUCGUUCCUUGAAAUCUUCAACGGCGACUCAAAGAAGUGCGAUCAGCUGAACGAGCUGUUGUGCAAGAAGGCCGGAUUCCCAAGCUGCUAUGCCAUCUCGACGCAAACCUACACCCGCAAGGUCGACCUCAUUGUCGCCAAUGCCAUCGCCGGUCUCGGCGCCUCGGCCCAGAAGAUCACAGGAGACAUCCGCCACCUGGCCGCAUGGAAGGAACUCGAAGAGCCGUUUGAAAAGGACCAAAUCGGCAGCUCAGCCAUGGCGUACAAGCGCAACCCCAUGCGCUCAGAACGCAUCUACAGUCUCAGCCGCGAACUAAUGAGCAAGCCAGCCAGCUUCGCCAACACGCUAAGCGAUCAAUGGAUGGAGCGCACCCUCGACGACAGCGCCAUCCGCCGCAUCGACAUCCCUGAAAUGUUCCUCCUUGCCGACGCCAUCCUCCUCUCCCUCGACAACGUCACAUCCGGCCUCGUCGUCUACCCCAAACGCGUCGACGCCCGCGUCCAAGAAGAACUCCCCUUUAUGAUUACAGAAAGCAUCAUCAUGAAACUCGUCGCAAAGGGCGAGUCCCGCCAAGAAGCCCACGAGCAGAUUCGCGUCUUGUCCCACCAGGCGGGCAGCCAGGUCAAGAACGAGGGUAAAUCGAAUGACCUGGUUGAUCGUAUUCGUCAAACGGCGUUUUUCAAACCCAUCUGGGGCGAUCUGGAUGCCAUGUUGGAUUCUAGCUUGUAUACGGGGCGCAGCGAGCAGAUUGUGGAACAGUUCUGUGGGGCGGGUGGUGUGCUUGAGGGGAAGCUCGGUGCGUAUAAGGCGUAUAUUGACAAGGCUGGUGUGGCGGAGCUUAACGUUUGA